AUGAGUUCUUCAACUUUGGAUGAAGAGAUUAAAAAUACUGCCUUUAGACCAACAACCAGAAGCCAUUUCUUGACUUUGACUAACGAGCCAUUGUUGCUGGCCACCCCCUCCUCCACCGCUGCCCCCCACCCUUUUCCCCUCUCUCUCUCCUUCUUCUUUACACUAGAAUCUUCCAGUCUGAGCCACAUUAUAAAACUCCAAAUUAUCCAUUUUGAUUCCUCUACAGCUCCCUCCCUCUACUCAUUUUGUUCUCAUUCUGCAAAAUCUAAGUUUAAAGUUGGAGAGAUCAUCGAGCAUAUACAACACAAGCAAGGUGAUGUAGGCGACCUCAAGCUCCACAUAGCAGAGAUAGGAAAUGGGCCGGCAGUGUUAUUCCUGCAUGGUUUUUGUGAGAUAUGGUAUUCAUGGCGCCACCAAAUGGUGGCAUUGACAGCUGUUGGCUUCCAUGCAAUUGCCCCCGAUUGGAGAGGCUAUGGCCUCUCUGAUUAGCCACCCGAGCCCGAGAAAGCCACCUACAUGGACCUCAUAAGAGAAUUCAUCACCAUUCUUGACUACUUCAGCAUCCCAAAGGAGCCAGGGCGUGCUGAAGCCAAUUUUGGGCACUUGGAUGUUAAGUCAGUCAUAAGGAACAUAUAUAUACAUUUCUCACGCAGCAAACUUCCAGUUGCCAGUGAAAAUGAAGAGAUAAUGGACUUGGUCCGUCCAUCAACUCCCCUACCAACCUGGUUCACCGAGGAAGACCUCUCUGCCUAUGCUUCUCUUUACAAGAAGUCAGGGUUCCGUUUUGCCCUAUACACCUUUCUGAUAACUGAGAAUGUCAAUUUCCAAACUUCAUUGAACAUCUCUUUUCAAAUAUUAUUGUAUCACAUGCUGUGUCAUGGUGAAAGGUCAUGGGAGGAUGGGGCCGACCAUCCAAUGGCAACAGAUUUGAAGGCAAGAGUCCUGGCCCUGCUGACCACCUCUAAAUCAUUGACUCUGGCCAAUGGUGUGGGGGGCAAUGGAAGCAUAAUAAAGAUUGAACAGAGUGACAUCUUUGUUGAGAAGGGUUGGGAACACAUGAAUUGUAAUCUAUCAAAUGCAAAUACAGACAUGGUUAAUGGUGACUUGAGUACUAUAUGCCUGAUCGUGUGCUGCGAUAAUUUGAGAAGAUGCAAGAGAUUCCUGUUGGAGUGGGAUAGGAGGGAGAAUGCUGAACACUCCUAUAGAGACAAGUGUCGAGGAGAUGGCGGAAGCGAGAGCGAGGAGAGAGAUGGUGGAGAUGCUGAAAGCGAAAGCGAGAAAGGAGAUAGUGGAGAUGAGGAAAGCGAGACUGAGGAGGGAGAUGGUGGAGAUGAGGAAAGAGAAAGCGAGACCGAUGAUGAAAAUGAGAAGAGAAUAAAGACAAGGGCAGUCCGGCAAUCACAGAGGGCGAUCAGGCACUUCAAGAACCCAGUUCGGCACUUCCAGAUCGCAGUCUUCACCAUGGCGGUCCAGCACUUCACCAGGCAAAAAGUUACUGAAUUUAAGGUGCAGUACGGUACUUCCAAGAGGCAGUCCGACACAUAUGUCACUGGAAUUGGAACGGAGCCGGGGCGUGCUGAAGCUGAUUUUGGGCGUUUGGAUGUUGAGACAGUCAUAAGGAACAUAUAUAUACUCUUCUCAGGCAGCGAACUUCCAGUUGCCAGUGAAAAUGAAGAGAUAAUGGACUUGGUCCAACCAUCAACUCCCCUGCCUAACUGGUUCACUGAGGAAGAUCUCUCUGCAUAUGCUUCUCUCUACAAGAAGUCAGGGUUCCGUUUUGCUUUACAGGUGCCCUAUCGCCUCUUUGAAAGGUCAUGGAAAGACGAGGCUGACCAUCCAAUGCCAACAGAUUUGAAGGUAAGAGUCCCGGCCAUGCUGGUAAUGGGCAAUAAAGACUAUGUCCUGAAACUCCCAGGAAUGGAGGAUUACAUAAACAGCGCUUUAUUGAAGGAGAAUGUCCCUGAUCUGGAGAUCGUGUUCAUGUCUGAAGGAACCCAUUUUGUUCAGGAGCAACUCCCAGAACAGAUCAAUGAACUCAUCAUCAGCUUCAUCAAGAAGCAUAUUUGAUCGAAUAAGUGAUAUGGGUCCUUAUGUAAGAGAUGGCAUUGUGCCUAAUGAAUAACUCUGUACGCUCCUAGAGAGCAACAAGUAAUGUUCCAGAAACUGUUUACGGUUAAUGAAGAAAGGAAAGAUCCUUUCAAUG